GACCAAUUCGCCUACCUAACCUAUUCGCUUCCGUUGGCUCAACCAGACACGACUGCGACUUUCGAAGCUCUGCUUCAUGGCGGAGCCGUCGAUGGCUUCAAGUGUCGAGCUUUUCCCCCGGCGACGCUGCUGAUGAUUUUGCUUCCUCUUCUCCGCCUUUCCUUCGGUUGCUCCGCCAGGGAUCCGGCAUGGCAGAGAGCGGUGGCGGAAGGUGGACGGGUCGGCCGGUGCGAUGUCCCAAGUGCGACGAUCUCCUCCCCGACCUCGCUGAUUUGACGACCCACCGCUGCCGUGGUCCGGCUGCUGCUUUCCGAGAUUCCCCGUGGGAGAGGAACUCCACAGGACUCAAUUCGAGAGAAGAACAAGGUAGAUUAGGGUUGAAUCCAGAUGCUGCGAGUAGAAGAAGACCUACCUCCAGAUCGGACGAUGCAGUGCCGGCAUUCUGCCGAAUGCCGCCGGAGGAUAAAAUGAGGUCUAAGAAGACGAAUCAAUCUCGGAUUCAUGAAGCUGAAUUCGCCAGUAAAGACUCGUCGAUGCUUCUGCGGCAGCUCGAUGAACUAAGGGACCGUAUCAGUAGAUCAUCUGAGUUUGUGGGAAAACCGAUUUGGAAGCUGCCUGCACCGACUGAACGGCCAAUCUGGUAUUCCAGUCCGGAGUUUACGAGCAAUCCAAGGGAAAGAGUGGGAGUGUCGGGAGCCUAUUCUUCAGGUUUGAAUAACGAUCACGGAACAUCUAGGAAAGAGUAUCUCCAUGGACAAUUUGAUGCAGAUCACCGAAAAUAUAAGCUAUUGCCUGAAAGAGUUACUCCCUGCUCGAACACUGAUGAAGAACACAAUGAAAAAGUGACAAGAGCUGCAUCCUCCAAAACCAAGAGAUUGCAUCCUUGUCGAGCUUUCGCCGGUGCAACUCCUUUUGUGAUAUGCUCUAGCUGCUUUGAGCUACUGAAGCUGCCUCAAGUUAUUCUUCUCGUGUCAAAAAAACUUAGCAAGUUGCGAUGCGGUUCGUGCUCGGAGGUGCUCUGCAUUGAACUUACUGGAAAUAGGCUUGUUGUGUCUUCCUGUUCGACUAUUCCAGAAGCCAUUGCUAGCUCCCAUGUCAAAGUGAACCGACAUGAGCGAUAUACAGCACAAACUAGUACUAAAUCAGAUGAUUCUUCUUUUUCUGAGGAGCAUGGUGGCAAUAGCUCGUCUCAUUUAACAUCUAGCCACGAACUUAUGGAACGAGAAAGUAUAGAUUUAACCUAUCUGGAGAAGUUGAAGGGGAUUUCAGUGGCUUCUGAUAGGUCUGAAAUUGUGGAAAACCCAGACAGCAUAGUCGUAUCAGAUGUCGCAGAUUUACCGAUUCAGGACAAUUUAACUUUCUCACUAUCCAGCCCAAAAAGCAUUUCUGAAUCUGGUAGCCAGAAGGAACAUUCUGAUGAAGAAAUAACAAUCUCCAACAGUGACAAAUUUGAUCAGAGUUACGAAAAAGGCGAAGCAAUUACUGAGAUUGAUCUAUCAGUGAAUGAUUAUUCCAUUUCCUCUCAGGAUUACCAUGGUAUAGAGAAACAUCAAAAUCAAACAUUUAUUGACAAGACUGACGACUCAUUAGUUCUAAACACAAGCCUGGGGGAUACAACUCGAAUUAAUUUGCCAGCGAGAGAUGAAAGAUCUCAAGUUUGGGUUAAUAGCCAUCCAAUUCCUGAUCACUUAGUUUGGAAGGCUGAAAAAAAGGCCGGAACCAUUGUUCCCGGAGAAUAUUGGUAUGAUCGAUACGCUGGGUUUUGGGGUGUCAUGGGACAACCGUGUCUCGGCAUAAUUCCUCCAUUUAUAGAAGAGUUCGACUAUCCUAUGCCAGAGAACUGUGCCGGCGGGAACACUGGUGUCCUCUUGAACAGGAGAGAGCUUCAUAGAAAAGAUCUCAAUAUGCUGGUUACUCGAGGAUUUCCACUGUCAGCUGGUCGAUCAUACCUUCUUGAUUUUUCGGGGAAUCUUUCUGCUGAAAUCUCUGGUGUACAUCUGGCUAAUUUUGGGAAGCUUGCUCCAACAGUGGAGAAGACGGGACGGGGAUUUGGCAUGAGAGUUCCAAGGUCCACUGUGAGAUAGACAGACAAGCUAGAAGAGCAUGUUGAUUUAUCAGCGACAAUCGGAGACAGAUUUAUCGAGCAGAUUUUUUGCAUGGUUUCUGGCAGAAAGCUGCCUAAUGGUCCUGCUUCCUCUUGAGCUUCUUAAAGCAACACAAGAAACAGAAUCACAAAUCUCCAAUCAUCAUAUGGAUGCAGAGCAAUAGAUUGUUUUGCCCUGUGUUUUGAUACUUCGCAUAGUAAAUGAAUGUAAUUAUAUAAAUGUUAAAACUUUUGAUCGUGUGAUUUGAUAUUUUGAAUUGCUUUAAUAGCACUGAAAUAAGAAUGUUCUUAGUUACCAUAUGCUUUAUGACAAGCAAACUCCUUCAAAUGUUCUUAGUUAUCGAAA